AUGACCGUCCUCGUGCUGACUUCCUCCGAAACCAUCACUCUCUUUGCGUUGACGAUGUCCUCCACGAUUACCUCUUCCGAAUCCACCACCGAAUCCACCACGUCCUUCUCCGUCGUUGAAACGGCCACCGCCUCCACGAUGGAAUCCUCCUCCACCACCUCCACGGCCUCCUCUGCCUCCACGAUCUCCACCGAAGCCUCCACGUCCACCUGA